AUUCUCCUACCAGGUCCUAUAUUUACAGCAUUGGUUUCGUCUCAGUCUAUCAUAGACCCCUGAUUCGGUUCUCCAUUACUUUUUGUAUAUAACCACCCGAACAAACUAUUAACUUUAAUUCAAGCUCGUCCUUGCCCUCACGAUGAAAUUUUUGACUCUCUCCGUUAUCAGUGCUAUCUUCAUCUCUGGCGGAUACGCACGUCCAUCACGACUCGCAGAACGCGAAGCCACACGACGUUUGCGAGGAUCGAGACCAUUCACCGGCUCACCCCACUUUGCGGUUAACAGCACAAGCAAUGGGACCGAUUCGCAGUCCGAGCCUAAUUCUUUCGCCGUCACAUCCAGCGGCACAACCCUUCACGAUGAGUACAGUACAAACUGGGCUGGUGCCGUUAUAGAAUCUCCUCCUACAGGCCAAAACUUCACCACGGUUUCAGGGACUUUCGUUGUACCAAAACCGACUGGAAGUAAUGGAGCCGCCUCCGCUUGGGUCGGUAUAGAUGGUGAUACGGCAUCGCAAUCUAUUUUGCAAGCUGGGGUCGACUUCAAAAUCAGCGGAGGAAAAGUCACUUAUGAUUCAUGGUAUGAGUGGUAUCCAAACUACGCCUAUGAUUUUUCGAAUUUCGCUAUCUCAGCUGGAAACACAAUCACCAUCACCAUCCAUUCAACGAGUUCGAAAACAGGCACAGUAACCUUGUCUAAUAAGAGUACCGGAAAAAGUGUCAGUCAAUCUCUUAAUGCACCUAGUUCUUCCACUGCUCUCAAAGGACAAAACGCCGAAUGGAUUGUUGAAGAUUACGAGGAAAAUGGCAGUCUAGUUCCCUUCGCGAACUUUGGCACAGUCACGUUCACAAAUGCAUCUGCAUCGACGUCGAAGAAAACUGUUACACCCAGUUCUGGAAUCAAAGUGAACAUUGUGCAAAACAAGAAAUUGUUGACUAGCACGAGUUUCACCAGCAAUUCUGUUACGGUGAAGCAUACAUGAUAAAGGCUUUGUAAGGUUGGGUAUUGAUGGUUACUGUUACGUGUGCUUCAUGCCACAACAUUUUCUGAUCGUUCAAAAUCAUUCAACUGCUAUCAUUGUCGAUAAAUACGCAUCUUUCUCAUUUUCUAUGUUGCUAAAUGCUUGAAAAUCUUCUGUGCUCAAACCCAUUCAACUGUUGUGCUUGUCGAUACAUACGCACCUUUCACCUUGUCUAUGCAUAGAAAAUGAACAUCUACUUGUUCCUUUUUCAGUAUUGUGCCGCGACUGUAC